UUCCCUUUGAGUUCCUCCCCCUGCGGCGUUGGGCGGAGUUUCAUACCGAAACAGACGCUUCUUUUGUCGGAUCCGUUUCAACCUGACUCCCUGGGGUUUACGGCUGAAAAAUUGACACGUAAACAGCCCUAAAAUAAUUAACACGAAUACCUUGAUUUUUAGUAUCAACGCUGGUUUCUAACUGUCACGAAAGAAUCUCUAGGAAUCGGGUCAGUUGAGCUGCCCAGACGCUGCACCAUGAACGGCAGCAGCAAUGUGCCUUCUGCCUCCCAGACCAUUCAGAUAAAAACCGAGCCAGUUGUGGAUGCAUGGAGUAAGGAGGACUGCCUCACUCUUUUGGAGAGGAUUCAUAGCCUGUUGCCUGAUGGUGAUGCCAUGAAAUACAAAACCACAGAGUCCCACUUUGACUGGGAGAAGGUCUGCUUCGGAGACUUUACUGGUGACAUGUGCAAACAGAAGUGGGCAAAGGUGUCCACUGAGGUGCGGAAGUUUAGGACUAUGACAGAGCUCAUAGUUGACGUCAUAGAGUUUGUGAAGAACCCUUACAAAGGGAAGAAAUUGAAGACACACCCAGACUUCCCAAAGAAACCACUUACACCGUAUUUCCGGUUCUUUAUGGAGAAGCGAGCUAAGUAUGCCAAGAUCCACCCGGAGAUGAGCAACCUUGACCUCACCAAGAUUCUGUCCAAGAAAUACAAGGAACUCCCAGACAAGAAAAAGCAAAAGUACAUCACAGACUUUCAGCAAGAGAAGGAGUCCUAUGAGAAGAAUAUGGCCCGAUUCAAAGAGGACCACCCGGAGUUGAUAGAGGAGAGAAAGAAGUCGGACCUUCCUGAGAAGCCCAAGACGCCCCAGCAGCUGUGGUACAACCAUGAGAAGAAGACCUACAUGAAGCUCCACCCUGAUGUGAGCCAAAAGGAGCUGAAGGAGGCUCUGAGGAGACAGUGGUCCCAGCUCUCAGACAAGAAGAGACUAAAAUGGAUCAGCAAGGCCCUGGAGCUGCAGAAAGACUAUGCGGGCAGUAUGAAGGUCUACCAAGAGGCCCAUCCAGAUGCUGAAGAGCACGUCAAGUCCGUCCUCACCAAAGCCGAGCGGCAGCUCAAGGACAAGUUUGACGGCAGGCCAACCAAACCACCGCCGAACGGUUACUCCCUAUACUGUGCCGAGCUGAUGGUGAACAUGAAGGAUGUUCCCAGUACAGAGCGCAUGGUGCUGUGCAGUAAGCAGUGGAAGGUGAUGACGCAGAAGGAGAAGGACAUGUUUCAGAAACGGUGCGAGCAGAAAAAGAAGCAGUAUGAAAUUGACCUACAGAGGUUUCUAGAGAGUCUCCCGGAGGAGGAGAGGGACCGCGUGAUGACGGAGGAGAAGCUGGGGGGCUCGCGGCUUGGCAUGGGGGCUGCUGGCAGCCCGCAUGGAGCCAAAUCCCCCUCCGCCAAGGUGGGUCUCACAAAACUACAACAGGAGCGCUGUCGCGAAGCUGAGCUGGAGCACUGGGUGCACGCUGGCCUUACGGCGAAAGAGAAGCGCGACGGCAAGAAGAGGACCAAAAUCCCUGAGACGCCCAAGACUGCCGAGGAGAUGUGGCAACAGAGCGUCAUAGGAGACUACCUGGCCAAGUACAGGAGUGACCGCAAGAAGGCACAAAGUGCCAUGGAGUCGGCUUGGAAGGCCAUGGAGAAGAAGGAGAAGAUCCCGUGGAUCAAGAAGGCGGCCGAUGACCAGAAGCGAUACGAGGUUCAGUACCGGCCCGUGAGGGAAUUGUUGGAGUCUAGAACGCCCCAGUCAGGAGCAGGCCAGAGGAAACCCAAGUUUGAAGGGGAGCCCAAGAAGCCACCAGUGAGCGGCUACCAGAUGUUCUCCCAGGAGCUGCUGACCAACGGCGAGCUAAACCACUUCAGCCUGAAGGAGCGCAUGGUGGAGAUCGGCAAGCGCUGGCACAAGCUCAGCCAGAGCCACAAGGACAAGUACAAGAAGCUGGUGGAGGAGCUGCAGAUUGAGUAUAAGGCCGAGCUGGAGGCCUGGGUCAAGUCUCUCUCUCCCCAGGAGCGAGCGGUUUAUAAAGAGUUCUCCACCACAAAACGGCGGAGCACCACCAAGGCGCGGGGCGCCCAGGGGGCCAAGGUGUGUAUGAUGGCGACAGUGAAGGGGAAGGCGGUAGGUGCCAGAGCCACAGCAGCAGGGGUCGGAGGGGGCAAGCGGGCCAUGGCGUACCGGGCCAAGCAGGAUACGUCCGACUCGGAUGAUAAGACGGACUCGUCAGACUCUGAUGACGAAGAAUCGUCCGGCAGCUCCGACAGCGAAGAUGAUGACGAUGAUGAGAAUGACGAUGACCCAUCCGAGGGCUCCAGCAGCUCUUCCUCAGAGGACAGCAGUGACUCGGACUCAGAUUAGCCACCCCCCCCCCCCCCCCCC